AUGGAGCAGCCGACCCGCACCUACAGCAACACACGACACGGCGCCGGAGCGGAUGGCACGUUUAACGCGGAGAGCUGGCUGUGCGCCUUCAGCAAAGCCAGCGCGACCCGCAAUGGCGGUGCCCUGCGCGCCCUUCGGGUGGACAUCAUCGAAGACACGGUGCGGUGCUGCGAGCAGCUGUCGUACCGCCUUCUCACCGGCGAGCAGAUCCCGAUCACCACCGCCCAGGCCCUCCAGGAGCAGGUCAAGGCGUGUGAGCUGCACACCCUACGCGAGUUGUCGGUGAAGCAGCGCCGCUUCCCCGAGACGCACUACGAGGUGGUGGAGGGCGACUGCUUGGAGGCGGCCAUCGACCUCAAGCUCAAUCGCGGCCUCAAUCCGGCCGUGCUCAACAUGGCCUCCCACAGGCGGCCCGGCGGCGGCUACAAGCAUGGAGCGGGAGCCCAGGAGGAGAACCUGUUCCGGCGGAGUAACUACUACCAGUCGCUGGAGGACCCGAAGAAGAUCGACGCCGGGCGGCGGUGGGGGUACCCGCUGCGCGACUUCUCCGGCGUCUACUCGCCCUCGGUGCGGGUGUUCCGCGCGGCCGAGUCCAAGGGCUACGAGUUCCUGCCGGAGCCCGUAGCGCUGGACUUCAUCGCCGUCGCCGCCUAUUCCCACCCUCAGCUCGUGACUGCGAAAAUCAACGGCAAGCCGACGCUGCGACUGGCGCCGGAAGUGGUGGUGAAGACGAAGGACAAGAUCAGAGUCAUCCUCAACAUCGCCGCCGAGCAUGGACACGACUCGCUCGUUCUCAGUGCGUUCGGUUGCGGUGCGUUCUGUAAUCCGCCGGAUCACAUGGCCGAGCUGUUCCGGGAGGUGCUCGAGGAGUAUCGGGGCUGCUUCAAGCACAUCUGCUUCGCCAUCUUCAAUGACCACAACUCGCGCAAGGAGCACAACCCGCUCGGCAACGUGCUGCCCUUCAAGCGCGUGUUCGGGGUGAGCACCCCGGCCGACGAGGAGGCGGCUGUGCGGGUGGCGGCGACGCGGCCGGGCGGAGGUGACGAUGACGACGAGGCCGAAGAGGCGCAGGAGGGGCGACUGCCCCAGCGACGUGGCGGGCCGCGAGACAUAGCGGGCCGGGGAAGAGGAGGAGGAGGCCAGAGCGAGCGGGGCGGGCCACGAGGUGGCGCCGGUCGAGGCGGUCGCAACGCGAGGGUCAGCCCCGGUGGUCGUGGAAAGAGCUGA